AUGAUAGGGCCCAUUCCGGUUCUUUUCCAGCUGCUCCUGGUGCUGCUCGUGCGCGUUUCGCACGCUGCCCAGGUCGAUGGAGGUGCUAUUUUAGGCUGUAAUCCUUCUCAAGUAACGAAGGGGUUUUCUGUGUCCUAUUACAGUUUGCCUCUUACCAAAACGGGGAGCUGUUGGAACCCUGUUUACUCUCAAGACAGCUACUUGCACGGUGGCUACGAGACUUUCGGCAAUGGUAAACUAGGCUCCAGUAGCGGCGUUACCAACGUAUCCUUUUAUACCGGCACAAAGGGAUUUUCCAGUUGUGGUACCGUCAAUGCCCUGCUCCCUCCAAACUGGAACUACGACAAACCUAUCAGUUUGUCCAACUUUUCCAUGUUACUGACUGGUUACUUUCUCCCUCCAGUCACUGGUACUUAUUCGCUGGAUGUGGCCUACGUUGAUGACUUGGCAUACAUCAACGUUGGAGCUGGCAGCGCUUUCAACUGUUGCCAAGUUGCAAGCUCGUCAUCCAAUCCCGGUCCUUUUAUCCUUCAAACAAAAUGGCCCGACACGUCAAGUUCUGUUAAAAUAGACCUGGUAGCCGGUUACUACUACCCCAUCCGGUUCUUUUUCACUAACAGAAACUACGCUGGUGGACUGAAGUUCUACUUCACUUCUCCAGAUGGUGUGCAACACACUACAUGGGACGACUAUAUCUUUUCGGCAACUGAUGGAGACCGAUGCGACAUCAAGCCCGAGUCUAGCACAAGCUAUUGGACAAGGAGUGAUUCCUCAACAUAUACCGUAGUUUCCACAUACACCAAUACCAAAGGUGAUUUGACCACUGGUCAAGUCGUUGUAGAGGAAAUCCCAACCACUUAUACGGUAUCCACGACCACUACACAGCAGUGGACCGGUACUGAAACUGUUACCUCUACCAGCCUGUUCACUACCACAGGCACUGAUGGGCUGGCCACAGUGAACACUCUUUAG